AUGUUGUUUAAAUCCAGCUACCCCGACAUCCACGUCCCUACCGACCUCACUCUCUGGCAAUGGCUUUUUGACGCGCCUUCCCCAGCCGCCGGCUGCUCCUCCUCCCGCGGCGACAGUCUCCCCACGCGCGAAUACAUCAACACCACGAGCAGCAACAACAACAACGCGCGCCUCACGCACGCUCAAGUCCGUGACGCCGCCGCCGCGCUCUCCGCCGCGCUCGCCCACCCCCGCCGCGGCCUGCACCCUGGCGACGUUGUCGCCAUCAUCUCGCCCAAUGCCGUCACCUACCCCGUCUGCUUCCACGGCGUGAUGCGCGCUGGCGGCGUGCCGGCCGUGUCGGCGCCGGGGGCGACGGAGACGGAGAUAAGGCAUGCGCUGAGGACGGCGCGCGCGCGGUUCGUCAUGUGCGCCCCGGGAGAGACGCUGAAAGUUGUGAGGGAGGCGGCGAGGAAGGAGGGUGUGCCGGAGGAGAGGGUGUUUUGGUUUGCGGAUGAGGAGGAAGAGGAGGAGGAGGAGGAGGAAGGGGGGCGGUGGUGCACCGGAUUGAGUGAGCUGGUGGAGGAGGGAAAGAGGGUGAUGGAGGAGGAGGAGGAGGAGGGGAUGAGGGCGGUGGGUUUGCCGAGCGGAAAGACGAGCGCGGAGACGACGGCUUUCUUGUGCUUUAGUAGCGGAACGACAGGGUUGCCGAAAGCUGUCAUCAUCUCUCACGCCAACAUUAUUGCGCAGUGUCUCCAGCUCAACCUUGCCUACAUCCACAGCGGCAUAGCUCUCGGUCUGCUUCCAUUCUACCACAUCUCCGGCCUCGUCCGCUCGCUCGUCCACUGCCUCGUCAGCAACACCUCCGUCGCCGUCGUCCCGCGCUUCACCAUGCCCGCGCUGCUCUCCGCCAUCAGCACCCACCGCAUCGCCGAGGUCAACCUCGUCCCGCCCAUCCUCAUCCGCCUCGCGCACGACCCGACCGUCGACGACUACGACCUCGGCUGCGUCGAGCGCUGGGCCACGGGCGCCGCGCCCGUCAGCCCCGAGGUGCUGGCGCAACUGGCGCGCCGCUUCCCGGGCACCACCGGAUUCAAGCAGGGGUACGGCAUGACGGAGACGACGGCGUGCGUGACGACGCACCCGCCGCACCUGUAUGGCUUUGAGCACGGUCGGUCGGUCGGCACGCUGGUGGCGGGGACGGUGAUGAAAGUGGUGAAUGAGGACGGCGUGGCGGUUGGGGUUGGUGAGCGCGGAGAGAUCCGAGUCAAGGGCCCCCAAAUCACCCCGGGCUACUUUGACAACCCCGCCGCCACCGCCGCCGCCUUUGACCCGGACGGCUUCCUGCGCACCGGCGACGAGGGCUCCGUCGCUCCCGACGGCCAGCUCACCAUCCACGACCGCAUCAAGGAGAUGAUUAAAGUCAAGGGCGCGCAAGUCGCCCCCGCCGAGCUCGAGGACCUGCUGCUCGGCCACCCUUGCGUCGCCGACGCCGCCGUCGUGGGCGUCCCCGACGACUACGCCGGCGAGCGGCCCUUUGCGUUUGUCGUGCUGCGCCCAGAUGGGGGUAGAGGAGUGUCUGCGGAGGAGGUGAUGGAGCGGCUGGUGCAGCACGUCAAGGACGCGCGCGCGCGGGACAAGUGGCUUGCGGGGGUGCGUGUCGUCGAGGCGAUUCCAAAGAGUCCAAGCGGCAAGAUUUUGCGCAGGAUUUUGAGGGAUGAGUACAAGAAGAGCGUGAAGGUGUCGGGCGCAAAGCUGUAG